AUGCACCAAACGGACAGAAGUGUUCAAUUGCCUUUUCAUCAUACGCUGCUUGAAGCGCCCGUCUCCUCCUCAGUGGUGGCGCUGAUACAGCUGCACGCAGUGCUGCAGUCAAUGGCCCCUGGGGUGCUGUCGACGUGGGGAGGGGAGGGGGAUCCAUUGGCGGCGCUGCUGCAGCUGCAGGCAGCGCUGCAGUCAACGGCCCCUGGGGUGCUGUCGACGUGGGGAGGGGAGGGGAGCCCGUGUGAGAAGGCCUGGACCACUGACAUCCGCUGCGACCCUGUCACUCGCCGAGUGGUGCAUCUGGAUCUCAAGCGGGCAGGCCUCGUUGGGAACAUACCCACCUUUGAGCUCUCCCAGUUCGAUGCUCUCACAUACCUGGACAUGACGGCCAACAACUUCUCCGCGUUCAACGGGCAGGCCUUCAUCGUGCAGAUGACCAGCCUGCAGCACCUGUCCCUUGCAAAGAACAACAUGAAGUGGUUCCCCACGGAUGUGGACAUGCUCACGAGCCUCACCUUCCUCACGAGCCUCACCUUCCUCGAUCUGAGCAACAACAAGUUUGACGGGCAGAUCCCUAUGGACAUCUUCCAGCUUCGGAACCUCGAAGUGCUGUCGUUGGAAAACAACCUGUUCACAGGGAGUGUGCCUCGCGCUCUCAGCAAUCUUGUCCGCCUCAAGACGCUCAAUCUCGGGAAGAACGAUUUCUACGGCCCGCUUCCCCAGUUCUUUGGGGCCAUGCACGACCUGGUCAACCUGAAGAUGGACCUCAAUCGCUUCGAAGGCACCAUCCCAGAAACCUAUGCCAUUCUCAGGAACCUCCGUCGCUUGGACCUGAGCUCCAACAAGAACCUCACCGGUCCUCUCCCCAGCUUCCUGGGCGAGCUUGGUCUGCUGCAGUCACUCUCGCUGGACGAUUGUGACUUCACCGGUGGGCUCCUCGAGUCCCUCUCUCGCCUGCCCUACCUCACGGAGCUAUUCCUCGAGCACAACCGCUUUGAGGGAACCAUUCCCGAGGCGUACGGGCACUUCCCGCGCAUUGUGUCUCUCUACCUCAGCAACAACCGCCUCACGGGGGGGAUCCCCGACAGCAUGUGUGGGCUGGAAACGGCGGAGCUGCUGGUGCUGGAGAGGAACCAGCUCACUGGGCCCGUGCCGCCGUGCAUGAUGCAGCUGCAGGGGCUGCUCAUUCUGGACGUGUCAGAGAAUUACCUCACGGGCACACUUCCUAGACCCCUUCCGGGCUCACCCAUGCAGUUUGUCCACUUGAACAACUGCUUUGAUAACGUGGAAGACAACUCCCCGUCCUGCCCGGUAGCAGCACCGGGUGGGGGGGAGGAGCAGAUAGGCGCCCCCCUGGACCAGCAAGGAGGCGCCCCCCCUGACCAACAAACCGGAAACCCCCUUGACCAGCAGCCAGGGGGGGAUGUUAACCAGCAAGUCGGAAAUCCCCUCGACCAGCAGCAAGGGGGGGAUGUCAAUCAGCAAGUGGGGGUCCCGAUUGACCGGGAAGGAGGCGGGUCUGUGAGCCAGAAUGUGGGGGUUCCCCAGCAGCGACCGGGGGGUGGGAGCAUCGAGCAGCAGGUGCCAGGAGGUGUGCCCGUGCCUGGCGCCAACACCCCGCCCUGCCCUGACAUGGGCCCACUGGUGGCACUGCAGGCAGCACUGCGAAUGGACUCCCCAGACGCCCUCCAGACGUGGGACCAGGGGUCGGACCCCUGUGACGGCACAUGGGAGACUGAAGUCAUCUGCGACCCCAUGACUGGCCACGUCAUCCGCCUUGAUCUCCGCCGGGCCAAUCUGUCAGGAGCCAUCCCUGCAGCAGAGCUGGCGCAGCUGAACCGACUCACAUACCUUGACCUCGGAGGCAAUGAGUUCUCAUCCUUCAUCCAGCAGGAUUUUCUGGAGAGACUCACGCGCCUGGAGCACCUCUCCCUGGCAGACAAUCAGCUGCAGUGGUUCCCAACCUUCAUCAAUGCCCUCACCCGGCUCACAUCGCUUGAUCUGAGCACCAAUCAGUUGACGGGCGACUUUCCCGAGGACGUGCUUGUCAUGCCCAACCUGCUGCACCUCAAGCUGGAGGAGAAUCACUUCUCUGGCAGCGUUCCUGAUACCAUCACAGCCCUGAGCAAGCUCCGAUCCAUCACCCUGGCCAGCAACAACUUCACGGGCCUUCUGCCUGAGUCGUUUGCGCAGCUCACGUCGCUGCAGGCCAUCAACCUUGCAGGCAAUCAGUUCGCCGGCCCUCUGCCCGCAAGCUAUGCUGGUCUCACCAACAUGGUCUUCUUCAAGGUGGCCACAAACGCUCUCGAGGGGGGCAUUCCGGACUGGCUGGGCUCGUGGCCACGUCUCAACCACCUGUCGCUGUUCCACAACAGGUUCACGGGACCCAUUCCCGACACUCUUGGCAACGCCAAGAACCUCGCCACCCUGGUGCUGGAUGAGAAUCGUUUGACCGGGUCCCUGCCUGACGCCUUCAGCGCGCUCACCAAUCUGGAGGCAUUUUACGCUGUGGGUAAUCAGCUGGAGGGCACCGUUCCUGACUCUUACUCCAACCUGCAGAAGCUGCGAUACAUCGAUCUGAGCUUCAACACCAAGAUCACGGGCGCCCUGCCCGAGUUCCUGAGCGGCAUUCAGUCUCUCGAGUCAAUUGCUUUCGAGGAGUGCGAUUUCACAGGGUCCCUCCCUGUUGGCUAUGCCAAGCUGCCUGCACUCGCAGAGCUUUACCUCGACCGCAACAACCUGGAAGGUUCCAUCCCGGGCCUGUACGGCGACAUGCCGAACCUGGCCACGCUCUACCUCAGCAGCAACCGGCUGUCCGGGGAGAUUCCAGGAAGCUUCUGCCGGCUGGGGAAGGCCAAGACGAUUGUGCUGGCGCGGAACGAGCUGAGGGGGGCCAUUCCGGAUUGCAUUAUCAGCAACCUCAAGGAGCUGCGCCUGCUAGACGUCUCGGACAACUACCUCACUGGUCCAGUGCCUGCCGUCCCAGCGGGCGGCCCUCUGCAGUUCGACUUCUCGACCAACUGCCUGGAGACAUCAGAGGGCGCCCAGAGGAACCCCUGCCCCUCCUCGCCCGUCGCCCCCACGCAGCCUCCUCCCAAUGAAGCAGCUCCCAGGCAGCCGGGAGGCUCAGAGCCCUCCCCUGCUGAGACCACUGUCGACCCCUCCGCCUCCUCCGCCCUGCCCUCACCCGACGCUGUUGCACUCAUGGAGAUGCUCGCAGGCCUGCGAGCAGCAGCAGGGACGGACGUGCUGCCCUCGUGGACGCAAGACUCUGACCCCUGUGAUGGCUCCUGGGCCACGUCCAUCAAGUGCGACAACCGCACCCGCCAAGUCGUGCACCUUGAUCUGCGUCGUGCCGACCUUGUGGGGGACGUUCCUUGCUUCGGUCUCUCCCAGCUGAACGCCCUUACAUACCUUGACCUUGGCUCCAACAAUUUCACCUUCUUCCGCCAGGCACCCUUCUGCCAGCAGAUGACCAACCUGCAGCAUGUUUCGCUGGCAGAGAAUCAGCUCAAGUACUGGCCUGAAACUGUUGUUGGUUACUGGCCUCAGCUCACAUUCCUGAGCCUGGCGGCCAACCUCCUCGCUGGCCCCAUUCCAGAGGACAUCGGCGACCAGCUCUCCACCACGCUCGUGCACCUCGACCUCAUGGGCAACUAUUUCAACGGCACGGUGCCCAGCUCGAUUUCCACCUUGCAGAAGCUCAGAUACAUCGAUCUGAGUUUCAACUCCAACCUCACCGGCCCUGUCCCAGAGGCACUCGCUAAAAUCAAUACCCUCCGAACCAUCAACUUGGAAGGCUGCAGCUUCACAGGUGUUCUCCCCGAAAGCUACUCCCGGCUGCCCUUCCUGGCGAGCCUGUAUCUCGACAAGAACGGGCUGGACGGCGCCAUCCCCGCCUCCUACGGCUACAUCCCCAGCCUCGUGAACCUCUAUCUCAGCAACAACGAUCUCUCAGGGCACAUUCCGGAGAGCCUGUGCCGGCUUCAGAAGGCCGAGGCGAUCGUGCUAGAGAGGAACUCUAUAGGGGGGAUGAUCCCCGCGUGCCUCGUCACCAUGGAAAACCUCCUCAUCCUCGACGUGACAGGCAACUAUCUCAAGGGCCCCAUCCCCAAGGUGGAAGCAGGCUCCAUCCUUCAGUUCCUUUAUGCUGGCAACUGUUUGGACGGUCAGGAUCGCGGCAACGACCCGUGCCCUAUCGAAACGGCAACGGACCCCAAUAGCAGGCUGCCACCUGGCAGCCACCAGAACCAGCCGCUGUGGGAGAACGCACAGACCCCCGAGGAGAACGCCUGGCCGGGCACUCCCACGUGGGGGGAGGCUCAGGCCGCUGCUGCUGCUGUUCCCGCCCCCUCGGGACCGCCAGUGGACUGGAAGCCCAUUCUGAGCUACAUCUUCCUGGCGUUGCUCUCAGUGGCGUUCGUCUUCCUCCUCUGCUCCGCCUUCUCAAUGCUAGCCAAGCGCCGCCGCUACACCGCGGUUGACUUCUCUGCUCCACGCGUCGACCAGCUCCCAGUGACCGAAUACGGCCUGUCCAAGAUCAAGCGCGCCACCAAGAAUUUCACCACCGUGUUUGGCAAGGGCAGCUUCGGCACCGUGUAUCUCGCUGACGACUUCCUUCCCGAUCAGAUCGAGCCGCGUGCGAUUGUGAAGCGCGCCCACGAGCCAGAGAAGAUGACUGAAGCCCAGUUCCGGGAGAAGGUGCAGCUGCUGGCCAAGGCGCGCCACCGCUACCUGGUGUCACUGCGGGGGUACUGCAUCGGCAAGGCGGAGAGGAUUCUGGUGUUUGAGUUCCUGCCGCACGGCUCGCUCUUUGACCGGCUUCACCGCUCCGAUGUGGAUCCUCUGCCAUGGGAUGCGCGCGUGCACGUGGCAGUCAACCUGGCGUCCGCCUUGGCGUUCCUCCACCACGGCUGCGACCCGCCUCUCGUGCACCGUGCGGUGACCUCAUCCAACAUCCUCUUGUCGGCUGAUAUGAGCGCCAAGCUCUCUGAUUUCGGUCUUGCACGCGGCUCCACCUCCCACGCUGCGUUCGACGAGCCGCCCCGCCGCCGCCCCAACCGCCGGCAGCGCGGAGCAGCAGCAGCGGGCCGAGACGACGCCUCAGCAAGCAGCAGCCUCACUGCUGUUGGCAGCAGCGGCGAUGGCAGCAGCGAGACAGAAUCCGAGCUUCUACAGCCAGUGGUUACGCGCACGGACGCGCGAAAACUGGAUAUCUAUGGGUUCGGAGUGGUGCUUUUGGAGCUGAUCACAGGGCAGAAGGCCAUGAAGGAUGUGCAUAUCACGAGUCUUGCCGCCCCUUUCCUGGAAGAUACCCAGAUGAUGCCGCUGAUGGUUGACUCGGCUCUGGGCGGGUUUUUCAACCAAUCGGAGCUGAUUGAGCUGGCGACGAUCGCGAGGGAUUGUGUGAAGGAGGAUCCGAAUAGCCGCCCGACGAUGCUCGAGGUGGUGAGGACGAUGGAAGGGAGUAUUGAGUUGGCCGUUGACUUGUUUGACCCGCUUGACUCGGCGGAUUCAGCUGCUGGGAGUGCUAAGGCUGGGACCCCGAAGACUGGUGGGGCCGGGUAUGCGGCGCUGAGUGGUGGGUCGGGGAUUGCGGGGGAUGCAAUGGGAAGUGGAGGAGUUGGGAGCGGUUCGGGGGGGAGUGGGAGGCAGGGCACUGGGGGCGGGACGUGGGCGCCUUUAGAGUUGUUUUCGGGGUCGUUUGGGAGGCGGUCGGGGCGUGAGAGGGAGGGGGGAGGAGGGGGAGGAGGCAGGGGAGCAGGAGGGGCGGGAGGGGUGGAGAGGGGGGAUGUAGAGGCAGGGUCGUCACUGCUCUAUAUCACUCCCAAGGAUGGGCAGCACUAG